GAGCAGUAUAUAUUGUCAACUCUGGCUCUCGCCUCACACAGCCUUACUUGUCAGUUCGGCCGGCGUUGUGGGUUCGGUACACUCACAGAAGCCCUGUGGAUUAUUCAUGUUAUGUGAACAUACACCGUGUCAAUGACGAACCGCAACAUGGAGAAUGGUUGAAUUGCAACGGAUAUUAUUCCUGAAGUGUAUUAUUAUGGAUAGAUGAGGAAAUCCUACUGGUAACCCUUUUGGAAUAACCGAAUACGACGGUGCCAUCACAGACCAUUCUUAGAGAAAUCCAAGAAACAGGGGGUAUUGGCUACCUCGCGUGAGUUGGAAGGAGAGGUCAACACAAUGAAUGGAUACGGUCACAUUAUACGGGUGUCGCUUCUCGGGUUGAUCUUCCUGGAGGUGGCUUUUGGUCAACAUUACACUGAUAAGUGGGCUGUCCAUGUCUUGGGGGGAGAGCGGAAGGCCAAGUCUGUUGCUGAUAAAUAUGGAUUUAUCUACCGCGGUCAGAUUAUGCCAGAUUAUUACCAUUUUCAACAUAGAAAAGUAGCCAAAAGGUCCACAUAUCCAAGCUCAUAUUAUCACAGAAAUUUAGCAACAGAUCCAAACGUAAGAUGGAUUGAGCAGCAGAAGGCCAAGCUGCGUGUCAAGCGACAGUCAUUUAAUGAUCCAAAAUGGAGCAUCAUGUGGUAUCUGAACCGGGGCGCUGGCUUGGAUAUGAACGUCAGGCAAGCAUGGAACUUUGGGUACACAGGGAAAGGUGUAACUGUUACAAUAUUGGAUGAUGGAAUAGAAAAGGAUCACCCUGACCUGAAAGAUAAUUAUGAUGACCGAGCAAGUUAUGAUGUCAAUGGUCAUGACCCUGACCCCCAGCCUCGAUAUGACUACUCCAAUGAAAACAGACAUGGCACAAGAUGUGCUGGAGAGGUGGCAGCACAGGCCGACAACAAUGUGUGCAGCGUUGGAGUAGCAUUCGAAGCCAAUAUCGGAGGUGUCCGCAUGCUUGAUGGGGAUGUAACCGACUCUGUGGAAGCCCAAUCUCUCAGUCUAAACCCCCAGCAUAUACACAUCUACAGUGCCAGUUGGGGUCCAGAUGAUGAUGGCCGCACUGUGGAUGGUCCAGCAACACUGGCACGCAAAGCCUUCUACGAUGGCAUCACUAAAGGUCGAGGAGGUCUUGGUUCUAUCUUCGUCUGGGCAUCAGGUAAUGGUGGUCGUGAUGGCGACAACUGCAACUGUGAUGGCUACACCAACAGCAUCUACACCCUUUCCAUCAGCAGUGCAACAGAGAAUGGGAAGAUCCCUUGGUACUCCGAGGCCUGCUCAUCAACACUUGCAACCACAUACAGCAGUGGCUCUGGUGGAGAGAAACAAAUUGUAACCACAGAUUUACGUAAUGGCUGCACUGAGAACCACACAGGGACAUCAGCCAGUGCUCCCCUGGCUGCAGGAAUCAUUGCCCUGGCGCUACAGGCAAACCCUCAUUUAACAUGGCGGGACAUGCAGCACCUUGUAGUGGAGACAGCCAAGCCUGACCACCUCAUAUCUAAUGACUGGGUUGUAAAUGGUAUUGGUAAAAAAGUGAGCCAUUCUUUUGGAUUUGGACUGAUGGAUGCAGCCGCCAUGGUACUGCGUGCUCGCAACUGGACUACCGUCCCUGCUCAGCAGAUCUGCGAAAUCAGAUCAACAGUUACAAACAGACAAGUUCCAAUGAAUGGCAGAAUUAUGGUGCCAAUGGACACAGAUGGCUGCAUGGGCAAUGUUAACCAUGUGAAAUUCCUGGAGCAUGUGCAAGCUCGCAUCACCAUGUCAUCUAACCGACGAGGAGAGCUUCAGAUCUUCCUGACCUCCCCACAAGGGACAAGGUCUACCCUCCUUGCCAAGAGAACAAGGGACAGCUCUCGAGAAGGAUUCAAUAACUGGGCUUUUAUGACAACACACAACUGGGGCGAAUAUGCAAAUGGAACAUGGACUCUCGAAAUAGAAAAUGGUGCAAGUUCGUUUCGAGCUGUUAGAUUGAGGGACUGGGUACUAGUAUUAUACGGGACUGAUAGUCAUCCAUGGAAAAAGCAGCAUCCGCCUAAUCGUAAAGGCAAAGCCAUCACAUCCACUCAGGCGCCUGCCAUUAACCGCAAUACCCACAUGUGGUCAACCCAGUCUCCUUAUAGACAUAAAUACCAUCGACCCUCAACUUCAAAACCGAGAAUCACCACUACGCCGGAAUUAAAAGAAUGGACCAUGGUUGUCAUGGGAACAGGAGCUCAUCCUCUGAAGCAGAAUGUGACACCAUAUCCAAAAAACAAGCCACCUUUUACCUGUGCAGGAGUUACCUCCCAUGGCAUCUGUAUAGAAUGCAAGCCUGGCUACUUCAAGAUGUCUGACACCUGUGUAGCUCACUGCCCCCAGCAUUACUUCGGCAGUGUUGAGGCUGUGCACCUGGCCCCCAUACUGCCCAACUCCACCAAACCCUUACUGCGCACACAGGGGCUGUGCAAGCCCUGUCAUGAUUCGUGUCUCACCUGCAAGGGGGCACUCCCGGAUGACUGUUACCAGUGUAAUAAUGGUUUCGAGAGGAAAAAUGAUUUAUGUGAAAAGAAAAUGAUAUGGGACUUCUUGGACCCUGAUGUCAUGAAACAUUUAGCCUGGGCAAUAAUGCUAUGUAUAGGAGGUAUUUUAUUGUUUUCUGUCGUCUUUGGAAUCCUGCAGGCGCGUGACCAAAGCAAAUUGUGCUGGCGGGUAAAACGAUAUUACGUCCCUGACUUUUCCAAAGGGAGAUACAAUGGUGUGUCUUCGGACUUCACUGGCGAGGAUGCAGAGGCAGGGGCAUAUUAUUCUCGAACUGCUCGUGUUAUUCAGCUGCCAAAAGCUUGAUAAUGUUUGUAUAUCUAACUAAUAACCAAAAGUUUUGUGUGAAUGCCAGCAAUCAUAUUCAUAUUUGGAGAUACUUUUCAAGCUGCUCAGCCUCAACAUCUGUGCUGUGCCAUGUCUAUAUUGAUAUAUAUGGAUGGGAUGUGUUUUGGGACAUCCAUACUUAUGCAGUGAUCCCUCAUGUCUGUGUUUGAUUGCAUUACCAUUUAUGAUGAUAUAGUGUAGAGGGCAAUACUGGGGUGUGUGACUACUAUAGUGGAACCUCGUUAGUCCAGGAACAAGAAAUACUGGAUGAUUACCAAUCUUUUUCUUGUAUUCCAUUUUAAUGUUGGAAUCGAUGACAUCAUGUUGAUAGUGCUGGAAAUUGAAAUGUUGGAUUAACGAGGUCCUGUAGUAUGUGAACUAAGAUCAAAACUAUUUUUUCAUUUUCUUUCAUUCUUUAUGAGUAUUUAUUCAGGAAAUGGAAAUAUUAUCAUGAUUAUGCCCUUUUCUGUUACUCAAGAAUAUACAGAAUAUUAUUUCUCAUAUUUGUUAUCCUUAUUUUUUUCCAUACUGGAAUGUGAAAACUUGAUUUGUUUAUUAUAUAAACAGCUGUUUUAUACCAAACAUAACCAUUUUGUAUACAUACAUGCACACAUACAGCACACAUUUACUAUGUUUAUAUAUCAUUAAACACAGACAUGAUUGCAUCAGAACCACCUCACAAAUUCCAUGUCAAACAGAAAGAUCUUCAUGCAACUGUUAUUUCGUCAUGAAUUGAUUUGAAAUUUCUCAAGGGAGUGACAGCAUUGCAGGGAUCAGAACUGGACUAGAAAAUCCACCUUUGUGAUACUGAGGUUAUAGCACAGUCUCUGGUAUGCUAUAUUUAGAUCAGAUCACAAUGAUUAUUAAAUCACAGUGAUUAGAUGUAGCAAUCUAAGUGGAAUCGCCUUCAUAACCAGUUAAUGUGUUAGUUAAGAGAUCUGCUUUAACAUAUUAACCUAGACAAUCACCAGUUAUAGUCUAUGUCCCAGAGCACUGAGACGUGUGGCCUUUGUAUCACAAAGUUGCUUCCAUUAUGAAAUUGAAGAGGUAUUAUAGAACUAAGAAACCAUUUGGAAAGGAUUCUAAAUAUUGAACUAUGCAUGAAAUUAUGAAAUUUGAAGCUCUUCCAUAUUGGAUCAACAUUUCAUGUUUUAGCUUCAAGUUGUGACAUCAACUCUUCUUAUUCUUCCCAUUGUUUAUAGCUCAACCAGAUUUUCAUAAUCUUUAAUAAUUGUUCAAUGAAAUCAGUUUUGAUAAACUUCAAUUAAAUUGAUAUUAUCUUCUACUAAUAGUUUAAUUAAUAUUUAAUCUAUGAACCAUCUAGAAAAAGGAUUAUGACUGAUAUGAGAAUUGAGUUCAUAUUGUGUACAACUCCCUGCGUCUAUCCAGUAUUCACAAGCCAAAUAUUCCUUGGUCAGUCAAGAUGAGAACAGAUCUCUCUUUAUACAUUUUACAUGCAUUAUGCAUGAUUUUAGGACAGAAAUGUUUUCUUUAAUAUCCACUGUUAAUUAUUGAAAUAUGACCAGCCGACAAACUGGUUUUAUGAUGUAGUAAUUGUUUACCCUUUAAAUAUAGGAAUCUGUCUGAAAUGGUAUUAUGAGAUCAGUUUCCUAAACCAUUUUUAACACAAGGUUGUGUAGGAACCGAUAAGAAAUAUAUACAAUGUUAUACAACUUGUUAUUCAUGGAAAUAAUGGCAUGGAAAAUAACAGAAUCCCUCAACAUCUGCCAUAAAGAUUGUAUAUAAGAGUGAAGAUGCAAUUUCUUCCAUCUUAAGUGCCAAAUAUUAUCAAAAUCAUGUACAAUGUAUAUUUAGAAGAUCUUUGUUCUCGAACAGCAUACUGUCAUCGCCAUUCAGGUGUCGCCAAGAGGUGUCAAUACACUUGCAUUGAAUCUUCCCCUCAUGUGUGGACUUCAUUCAAUGGGCCUUACUUUGUAUAUCAUGUCAUUGUUUAUAUACCCAUCAUGUAUGUAGUGUGUUGCUGAUUGUAUCCUAGCCUGUAUUGUAAUGGAUCCAAUUCACCAUCUCUUUUCUACUUUUUUAGUUGAUGUUUAUUUUGAAACUUACAAAAGUGUUAGCUGUUAUGAUUUCCAUAUUGAUUGUAAUGUCUUGCCUCGUGUUAUUCACUGUUGUAGAUAACAUCUCAUAUGUAUUUUGUAGUUCUCCAUGUGCUCUGUUAAUGUCACAGUGUUAAUUUAUUAUGACUUGUGUUCUGGUUGGUUCUCAGUUUUUAGGUUUACAACUGUCACUUAAAUCUCAGAAAGCAUUUUCCUGUUUUUAGGGACAAUGUGAAGAAAGAGAAUAUUUCAGUAAUGAUAAAAGUUGUGACAGUUUGAUGAUGAUAUAGAAUAUAUACCUAUGGAUCUCUAGACACUUUAAUGUCUAUAUCAAGAAAGUCUGUUAAGCUACUGAAGAUAGGUGAUUUCAUAAGUGAUAGUAGCUUUUCACAUGGUUUCUUCUGUCAUGAUGUAUUCCAUGAAAACAAAAGUUUUAAAAAUGCUGUCUUGAAACUGAAAAUACCAACGUUUUGCCAUGACAGAAUAAAUAUUUUAUAUUGUAGUGAGAUCGAGAUGUAUAACAGACUCUUGCAAAAGCACAUAAGUUGAAUGUGUAAUUUCCCCCAACUUAUGUGCUCUCACAUUUUGUGAAAAGUUAGAAAACAUGAAACUAAAGAUAUAUACAAAGUAUAUAUCAUAACAUUAUUGUACCAUACGGGUACAUGUAGUAGGUAUUAUGUUUGACAUAAAUAAUACUCUAAGUUAGAAUAGAAAUAAUAGCCUCAUACCUCAGAAGAACUGCUGAUGUUGACUAGUCGGCCACAGCAACUUAGUUACAUGUAUGUGCAUACUACUUCUACUGACACAUUCUUACAUGCAGAGGAGGCUAGACACUUUUAAGUGCCCUUUAAAAACUAAUGGUCACUACAACAAAUCUUUAGAUAAAACUCAUUUCAUUUUGUAUUAUGAAAAAUUGAAUAAAAAAAAUGUUAAUUAAUUUGUUGUGGCCUAGAUUAGUUCAGUUUUGUGUUUUAUGUCAUCAGUAUUGUUGUUAUACUUCAUAGUCAUUUGUUAUACCUCAUAUUAUAAUCUGUUUGCUAGUAGUGGGAAUAAUAUAUCUUCAAACAUAAAUUUCAUUUAUCCUCUUUGUUACGAUUUUGUUUUCAGUUUUUAGAUACAUCUUUCAUGUAAGCGUAAUCAGUUUCAGAAAGCUGUAACAACUGGGCAUGUCACAUAAGGGAAUAUGUACACCAAACAUGCUUUGAUGUUGAUCCAAGUGAAAAUUACACAGCAUUCAAUGCAUUCAGUAAACUUAAUCUUUUAUUGACAUAAAAGAGGACUUUGGCUUCAAAUUCAUGUGCCUUUAGUAUCGGCUACCUACACUCAACCUGUCAGAAACUGUCACUGUAAUUUGACAUGUUUUACACAGACACAAAUUGCUUUAAGUAGUUAUUGUUAAACACAAUUAAGAUUAUGGUGGUUCUUACAAAAAUAGCUUUGUGUAUCUGUACUUUGUAUAAUGGCAAUAUUAAAAUGGAUAAAUACUUCUAGACAUUCAGUGAAUUUAAAUUAUAAUAAGAAGGUAUUACUGGUUUGUAGUAUUUGACAUAUUUUUAAUUAUUGGUUUCAAAUCACUUAUGAAAAGGAAGUAUCGUUUUUAUAUUGUGAUGGCAGCUACAAUUGUUUGCAACAAUAUAUCAGUCAUUUUUGCCGAUUUGGUUUAACUGAUCAAUUUAAUAACUCAAUAAUAUUUUAACUUUCCACUAAAAUCAAACGGAAAGAUCCUCCAGACAGACAUGGGAUAUCAUACUCUUUUUUUAAUUGGGUCAAUAUGUAUAAAAUUGAAAAGCAUUCUUGUUCUAAAAUGCAUGAUUGGAAACGUGUAAAACAAUCUCAUUUUCGAAAGAAUCUCUGAUUGAGCUGUACCAGAUCAGGGACAAAUUAUAAUGUCUCUUGAAGACAUUAUACAUGUUAUGUCAAUGAACAUUAUCUUAAUUAUUAUCAUAUAGUUAAUUGACAGUUGAUUUUAGAAUUCAAACAAAACUAAGAUUAAUCACUAAAAGGUCUUCACACAUAACAAUUCUAUGACAUAACAGUUUAUUAUCUGGUUCAUACUAAUAUAACCAUCAAUUAAGUGUAUACUCUGUACCUAGAUGUUGAUACCAUUUCAUAUUUGAUUUUCCCAAUAAUUUUCAUAUACACCCUGAAAACAAUUCUGUACCAGUCUGUUUGAUCUAAGGCAAGGAUUGAUUGAUCGUGGAAGUAAUAUACAAAUUAUUUUCUUCAGAAAAUGAAUACUUUAUAACUUUAUUUCUUGAACAGCUUGUUUUCAUGUGUAAGAAAACUUUCUGUUUUAUGCCAUGCCACUAAUUAUGUCAAAUUAACAUCCAAAAGGAAUAAAUCUCAAAUGACUAUUCUUCAAAUAGUCUGGACAAAAUAACAAGCAUCAGACUUAUCUGACCUGCAAUUAUGUGUAUCUAGCACUGUCAAACUUAUUUUAUUCCAAAAUUGCAACUGUAUUUUUAAGCUGUAUGUACUUUGCAACAUGUAAUCAUAUAGAAUGUUUUAUAUGUAUCAUUAGACAUUAUCAUUUCAUCAUGAGAGAAUGGUUUUGAUAUCUCAGGAACCCAGAAUAUAGUAUUCCUUUUAGUUCUUGCAUAUCUUCGAGUUGCACUUUGUUCACAACAGUAAUCUAUGAUUUAUAAAUGCACCAUGAAAUAUUGAACAUUCAGUAAUUUGGAAAUAUUUAAUUACUUUGGGUGGUUGACCCUAAUUGCAAGAUAAUUAGGCACAAUAGAGAUGUACAAUGUAUAUCCUAAUUUGAGAUACAUAAGAAUCUUUAACAUUACGUACCGCACCAGGGAAAUAUGAUGUGAGUUGAGUACAUAUCUCAGACUGAUUUCAUAACAUAUCAAGAAUGCAAUAAUCUUAGCUUACAGAUGUUAUUCUUGAACUCUAAGUACCACUAUCUAUAGAACGAGAAUAAUUGUUAUCCAAUAAUGGUUUAUACGAACUACUGGCAAAAGGGCAUGUUACAAAACUCAGGUACACGUUGAUAAUGCUAUGUGAACAGCCUCUGCAAGAAAAGAUAUCUUACUAAAUUUAUUUUUAAGGAGUGUGCAUCAUUUACCCCUAAAAUUGAUGUUGACAUUAUCAAUUGAUAUUUGUUUGCUUUUAAGUUAUAUUGUAAUAGUAACCAAAGAGACAUAAGUAUGGCCAAAGCUACAAAAUCCAUAACUGACAAGCUAUGUGGCAAUAAUUGAAACACUGUAAGGGUAACCUAGUAAGGUGUGAUUGCAGUAAUAUUUUAUUGAUAAUUUGAAACAUCAUUAUUUCUUACCUAUUUUAAAACUUUAUUAUAUUUUGUAUGAUUGAUGGUCUCUUCCAUCAUAAAUAUAUGGCUUAUAUCUAAAUAAUUCAAGUGUAUUUAAGUAAGUCUCCAAUGUCAUAUAUAUUUGCAGUUUGAAUCAUUAUGCUAGUAUUCAUAAAAUAUCAUAUUUAAAAUAUUUGGUGACUGAUGCUAUUAACAUUGCAAAAUAAUACACCUAUAACAGUGUUUUGUGUAAAUGUUGAGGUACCAAACAUUCUGUUGGAUCACUCCACACAUGCUAUAUAAGUAAACACAUGCCUUGCUUAUUAACAAAAUUACAUUAAAUUGUCAAUAAAUGAUAUCAGUAAUAUGAAGAAGUGAUGUUUUGUUAGCUAUUUAAACUUUAGAUAUUUGUAUUACAACCAAAAAGCUAAUACUCUUAAAGGCUUUUAACUUUUGAUUUAUUAGGAUGCAGUUACAUACAAUUAACUUGCCUUUGCAUGUGUUUGCAAUGAGUGCAACCAGUGAGGCAGGAUAAGUCCACCUAUUUGCAAACACCUGGUAUCAUUACUAUUUGAAAGUGAUUCAUAAACAAACACGUGAUAUAGUCUGAAUCAUACAAUGGACUUGGCAGAGAUUUCUUAUGAUUAUGGAAAGGGUUUUGUUUCUUUUAUUUACAUAAUGAUUUAAAAAUUACACUUAGUAUCAAAUUUAGAAACAACAGAAUCAUAAUGAUGUGAGAGUGUCCAGAAGUAUUCCAUAAAGGAAGAUACGUACCAAGCUGCAGAUAAAGCAAACAUUUUACAUAUUGGCACUGUAUGUUUAAAAUUAAUCACCAAUUACUGGAGUUCUAGUUAUUUUACAGCUAAUUACGGAUAAUGGUUUGAUAUUUUUCAUAGCUCAAUUAAACAUGAUAUGCACACACUAAAAUUGGCUGCACUUUAGAAAAUCAACUAAAUAAUUACUUAGCAGUUUUGUAUUAAGCAUACAUAGUUGUACUAAUUAAUACAUGUAUUUCAAAGUAUUAACUUUUGUUACAUGCUUGAUCAGUGAUAUUGUCACUGCUUUUCCCUGUAUUAUUCUGAACAUACAUUUUGUAAAUAAUAGUCAUUUAUUUCAUAUUCUCUAUUCAUCCAGGUUUGUUUUAAUUUAACAGAGUGAACUGACAUUUUGUAUCAGUGUAGACACUCAUUUUGCUAUCAUAGAAUGUUUUUAUGUCUCUUUUCCUAUUGAAAGAUACCAGAAGGUGAAGGUAUUUUCUUUUAGUUAAAUAGAUAUUAAAAGUUGUUACAUACUAACGUCAUUUAAACAUGUUCCUUGUUUUAUGUCACAAACCAUGUAAAGCCAUUUGCAACAGUUAUGUUAUACUGACAAUAGGUAUUUCAAGGCUGAAGCAUAAACCGGUUCAAAACAAGUAAUAACUGUAGACUUUAUUGAUUGCAAAUGUGUCAAGGACAACUUCAGCAACAUUCUGGCUCAGUUGAUAGAACAUUUACCAUGCAUGUGUCUAGGAUAUGCUAUUAAGUAAUGUUAAUAGUUGUCAUCACCUUUACCCAUUUCUAGAAUUGCAAUCAAAUAAAUUGUUAACUGUUUGGUAAAUAAAUCCACAGGACUCAUGAAAUCAUUAUGAUAAAUAAAUUGUUAUCAUUAGAAUUAUAUUUAGGAAUUGAUGUUUAUUUUAAUUAUUAUUUAUGUCUUCACAUUUAAUUCCCCUACAUUGUUUCUUGAGAGAGAUUACAAUUUGUAUGUAUCAUCAGAUGGCUGUUGAUUACAUUUCUACUUAAUUUCAACAUGGAUGCUUGAACAGAACAAAGAAGGCUUCACCAUCAAAUUGCCCAUACAGUUGUCUUAUGUCAAAGUGCUAACUUAAUUCAAUUGUUCAUACUCAUGCCAUGUUUAUAUAUUUAGUUUAUAUGUAAAUGAUAAUAUUUCAUUUUUGGAAAAGGGAGAAUUGUAAAUAAUUCAACAAGAAGUUCUGUACAGUUAACUCAUGCGAUUUGUAAUCGUGAAUGAUUUGAUUGCCUUCAGCUUUGACACUAGUUUUGCUGCUUGUAUGGACCUGAUGCAAGUGUAGUGUACAUCUGUUUGUCAGUCUGUCAGUCUGUCUGUCUGUCUGUGUGUUUUGAAAGGGCUGGAUGUGAUGUAUACCUGUCUUGUAUUUCAUCAUCCAAUCAUAUGAGGCUAAGUAUAGAUAUUGGUUUCAUUAUUGUACCACAUGAACUGUAUGGGAAUAAACUAAAUCAUUGUGACAA